AUGGAACCGGCGGCAGCUUCAUCUAUACGGAGUCUUCUCUACAUAAUGUUUCUGUUGUAUUCCAGCCUUCUUACUGCUCCAGCAAGCUCUCAGGAUGAUGAGUCCAGGCAAGCUAAUAACAAACAUGUUGCCAUCUUUGUGUUUGGAGAUUCGGUCUACGAUCCAGGAAACAAUAACUAUCUCCAUCUUGGCAUUGAAUACAAGGCGAAUUUUACACCAUAUGGGGAGAGUUUUUUCAAAUAUCCGACUGGAAGAUUCUGCAAUGGCCGUAUCGUCCCUGACUUUGCUGCAAAAUACUCAAAUUUACCACUCUGGGAACCAUACUUACAACCUGGAAGUCAUAAUUUUAGCAAUGGAGCUAAUUUUGCAAGUGCUGGAGCUGGUGUUCUUGAAGAAAGUGAACCACUUACGCUUUACAGCCAAAAACAGCUAAGCUAUUUUAAGGAGGUGACCAAUUUACUGAAGCAGCAACUCGGUGAUGUAGAGGUCAAAAAGAUACUAGCCGAUGGAAUCUAUUUGUCUAGCUUCGGAGGCGUUGACUAA